AUGGCAAGUUAGUAAUUAGAUGAUAUAAGCAUUGAUGCAAGUUCGCUAGAUAAUACCCAUUUUCAUAUGAAUUAAAUACACAUAUACGAUAAGAUUGAAGAGGAAUUCAAAUAGUUAAACCAUAAAAAAGGUUAAUCUAUUGAUUUUGAGUAGGAAGCAGAUAAUAAUUAAUAAUUUAAAAUCAUUAAUGAUAGCGUUUCAGCUGAUUUAAUAGCAAAUGCUAACGUUAAUACUCCUACUUAGGAAGGAGAUAAUACUCCUAUCGAAAUCAAUUAAAACACAUCUAUUGUAAAAAAUGAAUAGUUAAGCAUGAUGAUACAAGACUCAUCAAAUAGUUAAAAUACUAGUUUAAUCGUUAGCUAAUUAAAACCUUUACAAAAUAAGGUUUAAUCCUCUAAGAAAAUAAAUCUAGAUUAAUUUAAGAUAGCUAUUUAAGGUAUGAAUAAUUAACAAGUUUAAAGCCCAUGUAAUAGACCAGCCUUUGGAACAAGGCUUUUCGAUGAGGGACCAGAAAACACUAUAGAAAUAAAAUCUGAAAUUGUUGUUCAAAAAGAGAAAGUUCCUGUUAAAUUGAUGAAAGCAAUAAACUUAUUAGUAAAUGUUAAGCAUUUUUAUAGGUAAUUAACAAAGAAUUUAAGAAUAUUUGAGAAAAUCACAUAAAGACAACACUAAUUAAUAGGAGACGUUACUGCCCGAUUUAAGAAAUAUCAUGCCAAAUCAAAAUAAACAAGCAAGUUCACAAUUGCAUUUGGUGAGUUCUAAAUCUGGUUUUAAAAAUUUUUAUCUUUCUUUAAAUGGGUAAUUAGAAAAAUAUAGUUAUUUUAGCCUAAUCAUUUGUUUAAGAGAGUUUGGGAUACAAUAAUUGCCGUCUCUAUUAUUUACUUCAUAUAUGUUAUCAGUUUGGUAGUUUUCUUUGAGUUAGACACAAAUGACUAUAGGACGACAUUCACUAUCGGUUAUAUUUAAUUUAUCUUUGAUAUUAUUUUCACAUUUAAUACUGCGAUUAUAGAGAAAGGCAAUGUAAAUCAAAAUAGGGUAUCUGUUGCCAUUAAAUAUAUCAAAGGAAAUUUAGUGUGGGAUAUUCUUGGGUUAAUUCCUUUUAUGAUUAAUUAUUUUAAAAUUGAUAUAACUAAUCCUAUAACAUACAAGAUAGCGUUUGGUUUUAUGGCUUUUAAAAUAUUUUAACUUACAAAUAUUUUGGAUGCUCUUAGCUUUUUCUUGAGCUUUUAGAAAAAUAAGAAAAACCUUGUUGAUUUGUUUAAAGUUAUCUUUUUGAUUGUUAGUGUUUGUCAUUUUUUUUCGAUUUUGUGGCACGGACUAGCUCUUUAUGAAAUCAAAAUAUUAAAGAGAAACGAUACAUGGAUUGAUAAUGAAAAUUUGAACGAUGCUGAAAUUCAUAUUAGGUAUAUUUAUUCAUUUUACUUUCUAGCUGUCACAAUGCAAACAGUUGGAUAUGGUGAUAUCACUCCUAAAAAUCCUAUCGAAAUUAUGUUUACAAUUAUAACAAUGUUUUGCACUGGAAUGAUAUGGGCUUAUUCUCUUAAUUCUAUUGGUUGCAUCAUCGAUAAUAUAAAUAAAACAAAUCUAGAAUAUAAAAAUGACAUGCAGAUGAUACAUUGCUAUAUGAUUGAAGAAUAAGUUGAUUCUAAAGUUAGAGUUAAAGUUAGCAAUUAUAUCGAAUAUUUACACAAAGAAUCAAACCAAACGAAAAAGCAAAAUGAAAAACUGAUAAUUUAGAAACUUUCAAAAUAAUUGUAAGAAGAUCUUGCGAGAGAGGUGUAGGGUAAAUUCUUGAAGGAUAUUCCAGUUAUAAGAGAUUUUGUUUCUGAAGCUACACAACUUAAGCUAAUUUAAUACAUGGAAGAAAUAUUAUUUUCUCCUAAUGAAAUUAUCUUUAAAUAGUAGGAGCUAGACGAUGGAGCAGUUUACUACAUAGUUAAAGGCUCAGUUUAACUACUUUAUGAGAGUAGGACGGGAGAUGAGAAGGAAUAUGUUUUUUAAGAAUUGCAUAAGAAAUAGUAUUUCGGAGAGAUUUCUUUCAUAACGGGAUAAGUUAGAGGCGCUACAGCAAAAGCUUGCGAUUUUUGCAGACUUUAUAAAAUAAAAAGACAGCACUUUUUGGAGAUGAUAAGACAUAAUAAUAAUGACUAUGAGAAUUUCUAAAUGGUGAAAGAAGCGGUAACAUUGAAAAACAAUCUUAAGUUCGCCUCGAUUAGAUGCUAUCAAUGCAAUUAGGGAGAUCAUCUAUCUAACAAAUGCCCUAAAACGCAGUUAACUUUAACCAAAUAAAUUAUCUUCUUAAAGCACAAUUAUUCAGUAUCUUCUCUAACAAGAUCAGAACAUAAGCGAAGGAAAAAAGAUAUUCAAUACAGAACUCUAUUAAAACUAAAUAUGAUAUAAGAAAUAAUGUAUAAUUUUAUGAAUAAUCCAGACCACCAAUAAGACUUGCUGAAGCUAGAAUAAGAAUUUUUUAGAGUAGAAGAUGAGCUCAUAAAUGAUGAGAUUUCAAGCUCUGAAAGUUCUUCAUCAGAAACAGAAACUCAAAAAACAUCUAAAUCCUAAUUAUCAAUUAUUUCAACGGCAAAAGAAAACAGCGACUUAGAUUCGUUUGGAGGAUAGUAGUAGCAGCAACUCUCAGUAAAUAAAAUAAAUAGAAGAAAGAGUUCUAUAUUUGUUGGUUCAAACUCUAGAGGUAGUGUUAUUUAUGAUAACAAAGGUUAACAAAUUAACACAAAAUAGCAAAAUCUUAAUCCUAUCCCUGAGCAUGAUCAAGAACACUAAAAAAAGACACAAUAAAAUUUACAGCCUCUAAGCACGUAUAAUUUGAUUGCUUUAGAACCAAACAUACUUGUACUUGAGUCUUCAAAUCCCCUCCCUCCAAAACAUACAAGAAAAAACUAAGUCAAUAAAGAUGACUUAUAAUAAUUCUAACAUUAGGUUUAAUUUGUCACACAAAAUACGGAUGAUCACCAUUUAAGCGCUGAUCAAAAGGAUAUAAAUAUAAAGAGAGGAAGUGUAUUAGCUCAAUCGAUAAGCUUAAAUGAUAAACAGCUAUAAUAAUUAAUUUCCAUGGGUAGAAAAGAAAAACGAAAUCAUUCUUAAAAAAUACAUUCGAAAGAAAAAAAAGAAAAAGAGACUCAAAUUAAACAUAGGAAGGCAUUGCAAAGAAGAAAUGAUCCAAGAAAAUCAAUGUCUGCAAAUGCACAAAAUGGUUUAUUGCAAAUUCCUAGCUCGUUAAAUCCAAUUGUAAACCAUGCAAAUGCAAAUCCUUAUUAAGCAAGCAAUUUAGCAAACAGUUACACCCUAGGUUCAAAUCUGAUUUAAAAUAACUUUCACAAAUAAUUUACUACACAAACUACAAACGGUUAAGAAAAAUCUUUUCAUUACUUGACCAUUGAAGACUUAAAUAAGAAGUUUGAUAAGCUUUACAAUUUUAAAAUAUACUAUCCUCAUAAUAACUCAACAGAAGUUAUACCUAAAUAUAGUGCAAUUAUAUAGAAAAACAUAGAUAAAUUAGUUUCAAGGCAAUUUUUUAAGUUAUAAAUACUAAAAAAAAACCCUAAAAAAAUUGGUAUAUCUAAAAACAAUAUACAAUUUCCUAAGGAGUUUUCUUAAAAUCAAAUUAGUGUUCCUCAAACUAGAAAUAAUAACAAAAAACUAACGUUUUAGCCUUAAAUUUAAAGUAAAAUGAAGCCAUAGACAGAUAAACCAGAAAAGUGUAACUUUUCUAUGAAGAAUCUAAACUUAGUCAAAACAUAGGAAAUUAUUUGA